ACGUAUCAGGGUAUUGAGGGGAUCUGUCGUGCCUUCGGAGACUUUGGAGUCGUAGCGUAGAAAUAACACGUGUUGAGGCUUUCGUCAAUUUGUUUGUUUUUUUUUAUUCACUUGGCAGUGAUUUCUCUAGGAAACCCGACAAUGAGGAUUCUUGAGCUGUACAGCGGUAUCGGGGGCAUGCACUACGCCUUAAAAGAAAGUGGAGUUGAUGGGGAAAUCGUUGCAGCAAUAGACAUAAACCCAGUAGCAAACGAAGUCUAUCACCAUAAUUUCCCUUCAGACAAAAUACUGAAUAAGAAUCUCGAGUCCGUGACUUUCGACGAGCUCAGGACCCUGAAUGUAGAGGGUAUCCUCAUGAGCCCGCCCUGCCAGCCCUUCACAAGACUCGGGCUGCAGAGAGACAAGGCUGAUCCCAGGACGUGUUCCUUCUUCCAAGUACUGAAAAUAAUAAAACAACUCGAGACCCUUAAAGUUAUUUUACUCGAGAACGUCGUGGGCUUCGAGAAAUCAGAAACUCGAGACUCCCUGAUCGACGCCAUUGAAGGAAAGUUCAACUACAAAGAAUUCCUCUUAAGCCCUUGUCAAUUCGGAAUUCUGAACACCAGAAGAAGAUACUACUUGAUAGCUAGAAGAAAAGACCUGGAUUUUUGCUUCGACGAUCCGUCAUUGGUUUACUCAAUUCCUGAAGAGUGCAGUCACAUGCUCUCGCCCUCGAGGAAGUCGAAUCCUUCGAGGAUUGAGGAUAUCUUGGAGGACAAUGCAGAAGAGACUCGUGAGAAUGAAAGGCAGAGGUACUUCUUGAGUGAAGAGACAGUGCAAAAACGUCUGAACGUCCUGGACGUGAGGAGUCCUGACUCCACAGGCUCCUGCUGCUUCACGAAAGCUUACUUCAGGUAUGCAGAGGGUACAGGAUCUGUUUAUUCCCCCCUGGCACAGGACGAAGUUAGAGACAAAAUUAAUUGUAUUAGAAAUAAUGGAGAUCCUGAAGAGCGUUUGGAAUUGAUGAGGAGCUUGAAGCUGAGGUACUUCACCCCCAGAGAAGUCUCUAGAUUAAUGUCAUUCCCUGAAGACUUCAGCUUUCCCAAUUCUAUUACUGAUAAACAAAAAUACAGACUGUUGGGAAAUUCAAUAAAUGUACACGUCGUUAGCCUGUUGAUUCAGGUUUUAAUGAGUGGAAUCAAUACAUGAAAAAUGA